AUGACCACCAUCGUGACGAACAAUGCUCCUCAGGAUCAGAAUCGUACGCCACUUUUGGACCCGUCCGCAGAGCUUCGCAACAUGAUCUACGAGCUCGUCCUGUACGAUAGUCCGAUUCGAAGUGAAGCGUCCAGCAUAUUCUGGGAUCAGAACGACUUCACUUGCGAUGAGCAAGACGAAGCACAGUGGCUUCUCAGGAAGCUUGGUGAAGAGCGGCUCCAAUGGCUCAGAUGCGUCAAAGUUGGUGAACUCCCAACAAAGAGCCUCUCCAUCAGCUUCGACGAGUUUUAUCUCAACAAGGAGUGGCUCAAGAAGAUGCUGCACUAUUACUACUUUUAUGCGUUAAGCGAAUCUGCGAUAGUCCUACCACUGCCAGUGUUCAUCACUAAAGACCUUGACGGUGGUUGGGUCGACAUUGUUCCGGAAUGGCAAUGGCAUGAUCUGGCCGGGCACGAGGACUUGGAGCUGACAGAGGGCGUUGUGUUCUCGCAUGGAUAG